AUGGACCUCUAUGAUCAGCUUCCGAACAGUAAGCUGACGUAUUUAGCAGAAUAUUCAUCAAUACUGGAAAGCGCGAAAGAGCAUGGAGUCACAGUAGUUGAUUUAAUUACACUCAAGCCGACCGAACUGACAAAAUUUCUCCCGCGUUCGAUCAAUGAGAUCGCGGAGUUUCAAAAGGUUUUGAAGUCUGAGUACCAACACCAUGUUUUCGAGCUGAGCAGGCCACAGUCAGUGUCCAGGGAAGAACGAAUCCUGUUCUUCACGUCGGGCGACGAAAAAAUCGACGAAGUGCUAAAUGGUGGAAUACGCACACACGGUAUUACUGAGAUUUUUGGUGGUAGUUCUACAGGAAAGACACAACUUCUCAUGCAGCUUUCUCUGAGUGUUCAAGCACCCGUCGCAUACGGGGGACUGAACGGAAAAUGUGUGUUCAUUACUACAGAAGGUAACCUACCCACCAACAGACUUGACGAGAUGAUCACUUAUAGACGCCAAAUUCCAGGAUUUGAGGCUGUGUCCCAGAAAAAUAUAUUUACUGUGAGUUGCAAUGAUUUAGCUAAUCAAGAGCAUAUUCUAUUGGUUCAGCUGCCGAUCCUCAUGGAGAGAAAUCCAGAAAUAAAGCUAAUUAUAGUGGACUCGAUCUCGCACCACCUUCGAGUGGAAUUGGAAAGUAAGAAUUUCCGAGAUUCUCAGGAAAAUCGGCACUACGUCGAUCGGAUGGCUCAGAACCUCUUGAAGAUUGCCGCUAAGAACUCAUUGGCGGUGGUAGUCGCGAACCAGGUCGGCGAUAAGCCUCUUCCUGAAGGGAGCCUGUGCAAUGGAGUGGGACUUACUAGCGCAUUUGAUUAUGACUACCAGUUGGGCUGGACAGUUGGUUGGCGAGAUUCGAGCGUGUUUUAUCGCCAAACUAAGCAGGGGCUGUCCUUCGACAACUGUAACGCAGACAAAAAUAGACCCGACAGCAGCAGUGAGACUAUUUUGUCUGAUGAUGAGGAUUAUAACCUAGUCGCUGCCACUGCGUUAGCAAGGAAACGGCACCUCGACAACGGACAGUCGAGUAGAAAAACUACCAGUCUCCAGCCUAAGUCAAAUUCACGCGAGCCCACGUCGUCCUCACUCAAGCAGUUCGCCGCAUUUUAUGGGCGCAAACGUCAGGUUGAAACUAAGAUACCCAAUUUGGGUCUUUCUUGGGCCAAUCAUCUCUCAACGAGGAUAAUGUUAAAGAAAAGUUAUAAGGCGUCUCCACUUAUAAAAAAAGGAGCAUUUGAUCUCAAUGAAGUUUUAGAGUCAAGCCUCUUUUGGCAGCCCCAUCGGUCUCUUACGGUGGUAUUCUCAGAACACGCUAAAAAACGAGAAAUAGGGUAUAUCAUAUCUCCAAAUGGUAUUCAAAGUGUAGAAGCAAUUAAGCAACUAGGGGAAAAGACCUAG